AUGUCGGGUUCUUCGUCUACGAAGUGGGUGACGCUGGUCAGCGAGGAUGGUUACCGCUUCCUAGUCGACAACACAACCGUGCAAGCAUCACCGACCAUCAAGACCAUGCUUUCGACGGGUGACGGAGGAGGCUUCGCCGAGGCAGAGAGCAACACUGCCCGUCUGCAGAUCCGGGGCGAAGUGCUUGAAAAGGUCAUCGAGUACCUUCACUUCAAGACCAAGUACGGCGCAGCAGCCGAUAUGGACGUGCCCGAUUUCAAGAACCGGAUCCCACCAGAGAGCGCGCUUGAACUGCUGAUGGCUGCCGACUUCUUGGAGUUGUGA